AUGUCGGACUUUAAUGAGUCUCUACGGAGGCGUCAGCCGUUAGGAGACGUGUCGAGCCGGAUGAACCACUCCAAGUCGCCAAAUGUUGAGACACCGCGCCUGAGAAUCGAAGAAUCUGAGCAGCUGAAGAGUCCUGACGGGAUGUCUUUUUGUAUGACCCCAACCCCGCAAAGGAACAAGGAAAAUGAGCGCCUCUCCGUGGCCACCGACUUCCAGCCCAACUCAGCCCGAAACUCCAUCAUGUCUGCGGCAUCGAUCCUGUCAACCAAAGGGAAAAGAAAAACACAUGUGGGACCGUGGCAGCUCGGACGAACAUUGGGCAAGGGGGCCACUGGACGGGUCAGAUUGGCUAAGCAUGCUGUCACAGGACACACGGCGGCUAUUAAGAUUGUUUCAAAGAAGUCGGCUGCUAUGGUUCAGAGUGAGAGUAUCGCGGCCAUGGACCGUAAUAUGGGAAAGUUCCCUACCAAUUCAGCCACCCGACAAAUGCCAUGUGGGAUUGAACGUGAAGUGGUCAUCAUGAAGUUGAUCGAACAUCCAAAUGUGAUCAGUCUCUAUGAUGUUUGGGAAAACCGAGGAGAAUUGUAUCUUGUCCUUGAACACGUCGAGGGUGGAGAGUUGUUUGAUUAUGUAUCUAACAAUGGACCACUACCCGAAGAAGAGGCUGUGCGACUGUUCCGACAGAUCAUUGCAGCCCUCGGGUAUUGUCAUCGUUUCAAUAUUUGUCACCGCGAUUUGAAGCCCGAAAACAUCUUACUCGACUCAAACUACAACGUGAAGCUUGCUGAUUUUGGUAUGGCUGCACUACAACCUGCAGGCCACUGGCUGAACACUUCCUGUGGUAGCCCUCAUUAUGCGGCGCCGGAAAUCAUUUACGGCAGAAAAUAUCGUGGUGACAGAGCUGAUAUGUGGAGUUGCGGUAUCAUCCUCUACGCCCUUUUGACCGGCUACUUGCCCUUUGAUGGAGGAGAUUUGGGAAAUACCCUGCGGCUUGUGAAGAAAGGAGACUAUAUCAUUCCUCCAGAGUUGAGCGAUGAAGCAGCCGACCUUAUCCAGCGUAUCCUCCAAAAGCGCCCAGAGGAUCGGAUAUCAAUGAAAAACAUUUGGCUGCACCCGUUAUUAACCAAAUACGAAAAGCUCCACAACGCAAUGAUUGAUCACUACGUUGGCCCGCCUCCUGCGCUGUCAGUGAAGGACUGUGGCCAACCCCUGUCCUGCCAGCAGGAUAUCGAUCUCGAUAUCCUUCGAAAUUUGCAGACUUUGUGGCACGAUGUUCAGGCCGAGGACCUGAUUCAAAGAAUUCUAUGCAUCGAACCAACCCAUGAGCGAAUGUUCUACAAUGCGUUAGCAAAGUUUCGCGAUGAGCAGUUGGAGAACUACCAAGGACAGCCUCUAGAGUACUCGGCUAGUGACUAUCACCACAUCUCCCGUCCCGGUGGUAGAGUUCGUCGAGGCCGCAGCCAAACAGGCCAGGGUAGCUCCAAGCGUCGUGCUCAGUUUCCAUCGGUUAAAGAGUUCCCUCGUCGUCUCAGCUCCUUCAAGGAACCGAUGUCCUCCGGUACCACAGAGAGCUAUGACCCAUAUCGGUCACCCAAGCACGGUAGCACGACGUUAGGUGCACAGUAUGCCCAUAUUACGGUCCACCGGGAGUCUCCAGAGGAAUCUGAAGUUAUUCCAUCGUCGCCAAGGGUAAAGCCUCCCCCUUCUAUUGUGGAGGAGGAAGAGCCAGAAGAAUCGGAUGGACCAGAUGGUUCACCCUUCACUGUUCUGACAAAGCGCAAGCAUGGGCCCAGCUCUAUGAAGUCCUUCGUCUCUUCCAAGAUAGCUCAUUCCAGUUCCCGCGCUCCCGGAUUGUCAGCACAUUCUAUGAGCUAUCGUCGCAACGUCUCUUUCCGCCACGCUCGCAACCGCUCUCAGGGAUCUACAUCUACCAAAGCGAAGAAGAGGAAGAUUGCCCCAAAAAAUCAGCACCAUGAGUUCAAGCGGUCACCAAGCACUUGUAGUUUGCAACUCAUGGCAGAUGCACUCGACCUCCCGGACAUGCCAAGCAGCCCACCCCUACCAGCACAGCCAACUGUAGUCCGAGCGACUGGGCCGAAGGUCAAGGUCUUUGGGCAGGUCAGAAAAGUUCGCGAUACAGACUACACAUGGAAGGAGGACACUCGAAAAGUCUCCCACGAGCUCAGCCAGAUCUGCGAGGAGGCAUUCAAUAGAAGCUCCGGUACAACCAUCCGCACUGCGAGUGGUGGAUCUGGAUAUGAAACACCGGGGACUCCAGUCUCAAUGGCAAGCCCCGAGAAAGUUCAGCGUACUCCGACAAUCCCAGUAUCUAAUACUUCCCAGAAGUCAUCCCGAUCUUACAACAUCAAGGAGCUUACUGAGACACGUCAAAAGUUUAUCGAACACAGCCGGGGCCGAAAGGAUAACGUUCCUGCAUAUCUUUCUGGUGUCAUCACUCACCUCAAUCGCUUGAUUGAAGAAGACCAGGCACAAAAUGGUAUACGGAGAGACUUGGAUGUAGCGUCUUUCCAAGAUCCUUUUUCCACUUCGCCGAACGAGACUUCACUCCCUGUUAUCAAUGAGAAUUGCGCAAGCCCCGUGCGCGCGCCCAGUGAGGCUAGCCCUCGUCGUCAGCCAGAACCACGGGCUUCGCUUGCUCUACCCCAGGGCGGCGAUGUCAAGGCAAGUAUUCGGAUGGUCCCUCACAGCUCAAUGCCCUGCAUGGAGGAAGUUAAACCCCUGACCAUUCGGAAGAAACCCUCCACCAAGCUCACUUCAUCAGAUGUCCAUGAAUUUGCUAUGAGUGACUCCCAGGGCAGCGAUCGGCAUUUUUCCAUUGGGUCUCGCCAUAUUGCCCAACCUAGUGGGCUGGCUCCCAUUGAAGAAGUUCCUUUGUCCCCCAAGAAAAUAACCGCCCGGGCCCCGGAAGGGAAGAAAUGGUCAUGGUUCAAGCAUCGCCCUCAGGGCUCAGAUAAUCCCCCUACUCUCCCACCGAAGGACAUCCACCUCAUUAUUCCCAGUGGGGGCACCACCGUGCACAAUCCAAUUACCCUCGAGCCUGCUUCUCCUUCCAAGAUCGAGGACACAGAGCGAAUCCAGAGACGAAAGACAUCUAUAGAUCGCUUUGGAGGUGGCUUUUUCAAGAAACUUUUGACGAAAAAGCCCACCCUGAACAUGCAAGACCCUCCUCCUGACAAGGAGAAAGACAUCCAAACGACCCCAACGAAGGAUAAUCGUCAUUCUUCCCUGAUGUGCAAGGGACUUGCAGACACCGACAGUUCCAUCGAAGCUGAUGAUCCGCCGAAUCCAUUCCGCCACAAACGUCGCUCAAUUGCCAACCAUAACUGGUUUGCCCGUGUCUUCCAGAUCAAGCCCGCCACCCAGGUCAUUGCGUUGAACACAUCGAAGGUCAAGGGACGCAAGGAACUCUACAAACUCCUUCGCGAGUGGCGGGACUUCGGCAUGGAGGAUGUGUACCUGGACAAGACCAAUAGCAUUGUUCACGGUCGUGUUAGCGAAGCAAAUUUCCUUCAUCUUCGAGAAGUCGAGUUCACUGCUGAAUUUUACACUGUCCUUGAGCACGGGCACCAAGCCAAUCUCAGUUUAGUCCGCUUCAAACAGGAGCGUGGCGCUGCUUCGUCUUUUAACAAGGUCGUGGAGACUGUGCAGAGCACACUCAUGCGCCGUGGAAUGGUUGUUGAGGAUCCAGCUCGUGCAAAGAAGAUGGCGCGCGUUCUUGAUUCUGUUCCUAACCACAAAUAA